AUGUCCGAAAUCAACAGCAGCUUUUCCAAACAAUCCGUACAAGCCAUCGCUGAGAGUUGUGGAGUAAUGCCAAUAGAGGAUGAUUGUUAUCAAGUUAUAGCUGACGAAGUUAGCGCCAAUUUAAAGGCAAUUAUCCAGGAUAGCAUGAAAUUCAUGCGCCACAGCAGACGCAGUAAACUAACUCCUGAUGACAUUGAUUUGGCUUUAAAGCUAAGAAAUAGAGAGCCUCUGUACGGCUUUACCUCUCGCGAUUUCGUACCUUUUCGUUAUGCAAGUGGUCAAGGCAGAAGAUUACAUUUCCAGCCUGAUGAAGAAUUAAAUUUAACCGAAUUCUUAGAAUCACUACAAGUUCCUCAAGUACCAAUAGACUCUUACGUACGAUCGCAUUGGUUAAGCGUUGAAGGUACUCAGCCGCUAAUUCAAGAAAACCCUGAUCCUGGUAAUGAUAAAUAUUUUAAACUUUAG